AUGAGUUCUGUUGCAGCUGCGUCCCAAAACGAUGGCCUCAUCGCAAACCGAGAAAAUAAAAUAUGUGGUGGGUGGAGUCACAUUAAGGAUAUCAAUGACCCACAAGUGCAAGAGAGGGGAAGGUUUGCAGUGAUGGAGCACAACAACCAAAGUGGGGAACACUUGAUUUUCUCACAUGUUGAUGAUGGUUGGACUCAAGUUGUGUCUGGAGUUAACUACCGCCUUGUGCUAAGGGCAACAAAAGAGGGCGAUAAUGGGCUUUAUUUCUACGAGGCUAUCGUGUGGGAUGUUCCAUGGGAGCAAUCAUGGACCCUCACAUCCUUUAAGCCUCUCCUUAAACACUAA